AUGUCUCCGGAAGCAGAACAGCAGCAUUCCGACGAGGAACUAGAACUGGUGAGCUACCGUCAACAUCAAGCACAACAAGCACUUUCCACGCCACCCACGAGACGAGCUCGACACCGCCACAACCGUCGAGGCAAUCACCACCGCCGUCACCAGGCUGCUCAUGUGCGUGAAAAUGGCGAUUAUCACGACGACGACGAGGAUGAGGAGGAUUUAGAAGAACCAUUUGAAGAUGAAGACGACGAAGACGAGUACACUUCGGGAGAAGACGAAGGACUUAUAUCACAAAUCUCCGUGGAUCGAACGGCCUUGUUUGGCAAUCAUCACAAUGGCAAUGGCAGCAGUGGCAAUACGGUGGAUGACUACUUUUAUUAUGGAUUCAGCAACGCCGAAGCUGCCAUUGAUUGGAGAUGUGCCUUUUGGUUGGUCAUCAGUUUUCUACUGGCGGCUUUCAUGGCGGUGGUGCUACCCAGUUUUAACAAUUCUGGAAACCCCAUUGUCCAGGACGAUGGAACUGUUAUCUUCCCAAAUGGCACCAAAACCAGCAUUAGCGUCGUGGUCAAUCCACCUUCUUCCCCUACUACUCCUGGUUCUACCGGUACCGUGGAUCCCAACAACAAUAAUCCCAACAACAAUAGAAACUCCACAAGCCACGCUGUCGCCUUGGAAUGCCCCAAUUUGGUACAAAAUGCCGAAAACUUUCACAAUACAUCCGUCGAGGAAAGCUACAUCAAUCGAACCUCACAAAUUGAUAGCAACUUUUCUGGAUUCCUGGCAACCUAUCACGAAUCAGAGUUUGAUGGAUGGGGCAAACCAUACGAUUUUGUCAAGGCUGGUAUGUAUCAUUGGAAAUCCACACGGUUUCCCAAAAACCUCAAGGAUGGCGAUUCUAUCUAUGAAAGUGCUUGUGGGAUUGGCCUAAACUUGAUCAUGACACUGGAAAUAUUACAAGAGGUCAAAGGAGUCAACAAUCUGAUGGUUUAUGGAAAUGAAUACAUACCAUCCAGUGCCAAUGCAUCCAAUCGAAUACUCGAUUCAUUGCUACCCAAUCUCAAUGCUACCAAAGGAUCCGUCUGUGCUGCGGAUUCCACCAAUCUACAAUUCAUACCAUCCAACUCCUUUGAUCUGGUAUUCACUGGGUAUAUAAGCACACUACUGGAUCCUCUGGGUAUUGAAAAAGGAGUCAAGGAAAACUACCAGUAUUAUGAAUCCAUUUGUGAGGGAGAAUCAUGGCAGGAUCAAAAGUUAAAGGAAGUGGCACAACAACGACAAAAUGAUUGGUUUGGGACAUGGGUGUCCGAAAUGGUGCGGAUUGCCAAACCGGGCGCACCCGUUAUUGUCGAACAAGUAUCCUAUCCAUUUUGUGAUGCAUACUUUGAUUGGGGUGGAGUCAAUCAGGAGUUCUGGACCGAUUAUGCCAUUCCCAAGUAUGGAUGGGAAGUAGAUCCAGCAUCCAUAGAGUUUGAAGAUGAUCGGCUCUUUCGAAAACGAUAUCAUGUCUUUAUGCGAAAACAUGCAGUGAACGUUACCAAGGUACAGGUGCCUCCUCCGGUAAUAGGAGAACCCAACAAUAAUGGUGGUGGCGGUCGUGGUGGUGGUUAG